AGAAGUCGUGGUGGGUUGCUCAGAAUUCGUCUUUCGUAAUCUCUGGAGCUUCUCGUGCUUUGGGAAAAUGGGGCUUUUAUUGCUGAUGAUGAGAAUCGAUUUGAGGAAUUCGAGUUGGGUUGAGACUGAGGAAAUGAAAACAUCAAAACAAUGCCGCUCUUGUAUUCGCUCGGCAAGCUGUCAAUGCACAAAAUUCGGGCAUCUUGAUGAAGAUGUUCUGUUCCUCAUGUUCCAGAAUCUGAACUGGAACCCUAAACUGAUUGCCACCAUGUCCUGUGUGUGUAAAUGGUUCAAUGAAUUUUCCAAACGUGUACUGUGGAAAGAAGUGUGCAGGGCCAGGGCACCCAGAGUGGCACGUGACCUCCAGUCCAGAGGGAGCCAGACCAUUGACGUGGAGUGGAGGGCACUUGGGAAACUUCUUGUUUACUGCACAGGUUCGAGCAAGGAUGGACUCUUCAAAGGCGUUGAAACCCCCGGCCAUUUUGUUCACAAGUCCCGUUUCAUCAAGGCAUCAGGGAAGUACUUCCUUCCUCCAAAGUGUAAAACCGAUGUUUUAUAUGUUUCGCGCACAUGUAGACACCUUGACGAUGGGACAGAGGAGAUGGGAACCAUUGGUUGGGACCCUGGUGACAUGGGAUUCUUCCGAGGGGUUUUCAAGUCUUUUUCUACUUCGAAGGUUCGUAAAAUGCUUAUUGAGAAAGGGGCACCAUUCCAUCCCACAGAGGUGUGCCCUUAUUGUGAGGCGAAGCUAUGGAGUAUCGGAGAGGCUGAAAUGAUACCGGAGACUGCUAGUAUAAGUUUGGAUGCUCAUGAGCAUGGUGUAGAAUACUAUGUUUGUCUCAACGGGCAUAUGAUCGGUGCUUGUACGCUCUGGUACAUCUUAGAGUCAGAAUCAGAGUACGAGUACGAUUGAAUGGAACCCAUCAGGUGAUUCAUGGUGGAUUUGGACAUCUUCGUUUUGUUAUCUAUCCAGACAAUUGGGUUGGAAACUAGGAUGCUAACUAUUUCGGAUUCUCAGCAUGUAUGUUUAUGCAUGGACAAAACUUGGAGGAGUGAAUUCAGUUUGAGACAUAUCUUGUCUCCAUAAUCUAUGUUUUGUCACAUUUCAUGAUGUUGGCUCUUGCCAAAACCAGCUACAUGUUUUGUUAUCUUGCUUCUGUAGAUUUACUCUUACAAGUCACUGGUUAUGUCCUGCAACUGCAUUUCUUGGAAAUUCAAUCAAUUUGACAGAUC